AGGUCUAAAGACUUGAAACCUAAUAGGUGUUUCGACUGUUCACAGCGCUGAGCUGCGAACUCGAGGCGUGGGCUGUGUUCCAAAUAGCACCCGCUCCCUCUUCCCUACACUGUAGUGCGCUAAAGUAGGGAACGAAAUCAAAGUGGAGCGCCACCACUCUGACAGAAAUGGCAUAAUUCAGUGUUUGAGAGAGUGAAACGGCUGGCAGCAGACCUAAAGUGCCCGCCACUGACCUCGCCCUGCAGCACUUUGAUGCAACGUACGGCCUGCAGUUGGGAGACCUGUGGCCUUCCGUUCGUAUUGGAAUGCUGUCAGAGAAAAAGUACGGAGCUUUACUGAACAACUUCGCAUCCGAUUCUGACAUCGUAUCGAGCUUUCACUCCCAAGGGUGCAGAGACUUCAUCAGCGCAGCGCGCUCCACAGAGUCACAGGACCCUGAGCUCCAUGAUCACACUGCAGCUCCACUCAGCUCAAAUAUCCAGUGUUUCGUUUUUCCGAGGGGAGACGUUUCCCGAUUCAAGCCUGCUAGGCCAGACAGCAAUGGAUUACUAAGUUAUUACCUGCUUGAUGCAGCGUCUGUCCUGCCUGCUCUGGCGCUGGAUGUCCAGCCAGGUCACUCAGUACUGGACCUCUGUGCUGGUCCUGGAGGGAAGACCCUCGCUCUCCUGCAGGCUCAGGCCGUCCGGUUUCUCUGGGCCAACGACCUCUCAGGGUCUCGUACUGCUCGCCUCCGCCGGACCCUGCAGAGCUACCUGCCCAGAGAGCUGCUGACGGAGGACAGGGUUUACAUCACCUCGUCUGAUGGACGGCAGUGGAGAAAUAAAGACGAACACAAGUUUGAUAAGGUUUUGGUGGACGUCCCCUGUACCACAGACAGGCAUUCUCUAACGGAGGAGGACAAUAACAUAUUUAAGAGGUCCAGAACCAAAGAGAGACAGAGGCUUCCGUUAUUGCAGAUGGAGCUGCUCUUGGCAGGGAUCCAGGCGACUCGUCCAGGCGGUGAUGUUCUGUACUCGACCUGCUCUUUGUCUCAGCUGCAGAACCAGUGUGUGGUGGAGCAGGCCGUCAGCGUUGCUCAGAAGGAGAUGGACAUUACAGUGAAAGUGCAGAACCUCAGCAGCUUCGUCCAACUUUUUUCACACACUUUCCACUUCGCCCCUCAGCCAGCGGUGGGAGAGUUAGUCUUACCGCACUUAUGUGCCAACUUUGGGCCCAUUUAUAUGUGCAAAUUGCAAAGGAUCAGCUAGAGACAUUCAGUCUGAGAGACUUCCUGUGGUCACUACAUGCUGGUUCACCUCUUUGUAAAUAAACUGGUAAAACACUGCC